CAACGGACUUUUUUUUCCCUUGGUUAUCUUUUGGCCCAAGGUUUAAACGAGUUAGCAGCAUGCCCAUGAAUUACUCGUUUGCUCAUAAUGAGCCCUAUCCUAAACCCAAGAAGCGGCCUCACCCCGUGGACAGCGAACAUUAUGAGCCAGCGCAAAAAGUGUAUAUAUCUGAAAGGUUUGCCCACGACUUAGCCGCCAUGUCACUGAAUCACAAAGACGACAUGGUGGAUACCUCAACGCCACCUUCGUCAAAGCCCAACGACCCGAAGCGAAAGCAGUCGGUGGUAGUGAUCAAAGACAUCAAUGAUUUCCUCUCUGACGACGACGACGACGACGACGACGGCAUGGAAACCGACUACACUCUACCAAUGCAAAAGCGGCCCGGAGAACGGAAGUAUCAUGUCCCGGACUUUGUUCUGCAGAAUCCGCGCGCACCGAAAUCUGUGCGCGAGUUAGCACUAGGUCCAUCCGUGUGCCAAAGUGACAGCCGAGCCAAUGAUGUGAUAAAGCCAAAAGAAAAACACAUUGUCGUGCUCAACAAUGUGCCCGUGGGUCUGACCAUGGAUCUGGAUCAGUCAGAUAAAGCGACCCCAGAUUCUAACGUUGCGUUCAUGGAUGUCGAUUGACGCUGCAGUCAUCUCAUAGCAGCUCUUGUUUAUAUGUGUUUCCCAACAGGUUUGAUUCUUUUGGCCACACAACGUCGAAGGCGAUGACAAAAAUCCACCCCAUUGUACAUUUUACCCAAACUUGAAAGUCAUUUUGUUUCGUUUUCACUUUUGUUAUACUACCUUCAUAAAAACGACCU